AGCCAAAUUUUCCUUCUUGCUUCACCACCACCCAUCCGACAUCACACCACUACUGAGCUCGACACCAGCAGAUUUGGUACUGUAUCCACUGCCCACUGCCAAUACCUUGUUGCACGUGUCAUAAUCACCACAGAGAUACACAACACACACAAACACACAAUGGCUACCGACGCCGCCACAACGUCGUUGCCGCUGCGUAGCGCAACCACCGCCAGCACCUCCGACUUUGACAUCGUCGGUACAUACAACAAGCUCCUCGCGUCGGACCCCGAACUGACCAAGCCCGUCGCGGCCAUCGAAUCCCUCAUCGAGCUCCUCAACACCGUCCCCUCUACCACCGUCUUCGAAACCCUCGACACCGUCAAAGCCCACUCGGACCGCCUCAAGGCCUCCGUGUCCAACCCCGUCCCUCUCACCGCCGGCACAGACCUCUUCCUGCAGUACCUCAUGACCUCGCUUAAGCAGCAGGACGGCAGCUCCUUCGACGCCGUCCGCCACCACCUCAUCCGCAACGGCAGCCUGUUUGCCAGCCGCGCCGUCGCUGCGCGCAACGGCAUCGCAGAGGCUGGCUGGCGCUUCGUGUCCGAGGGGAAAUGCGUCCUCACGCACGGCGCCUCGCGCUCCGUGACGGGCCUGCUGGAGCGCGCUGCCAAGGAGCUCGGUGCAGGCAAGUUCCGCGUGGUGUAUGUGCGCGACGAGGCGAGAAAGGCUGAGAGUGACGAUGUCGUGCGGGAUCUGCGCGCAAAGGGUAUCCCUGUGGCGGAGAUUCAUGAUGCCGCGAUUGCACAUGUGCUGGGGCUGCUGCGACAGGUGCACAUGGUGAUUGUGGGUGCUGAGGCCGUGACGCAGAAUGGUGGUAUUAUCUCGCGAUUGGGCACGUUCCAGAUUGCCCAGUUGGCGGCACGCGCGAAGAUCCCGUUCUUUGUGGCUGCUGAGACGCACAAGUUUGUGAGGAAGUUCCCGUUGGACCAGCGCGAUUUGGGCUUUGACCAGCAGGUUCUCGACUUUAAGCUGGAUGGCGAGAGCGCGCAGCCAAAAGACGCUGUGGAUUAUACGCCACCCGACUUGAUUUUCAACUUGAUUACAGAGAAUGGCACGCAUCUGCCGACGUAUGUGUUUGAGCAGCUGCUUGAUAUCUAUGGAAGCCUGAAUGGUUAGACGGGACGUUAGAGAAGGAUAAAAAAAAGGAGACAUGAUUUUUUAAUGAUAUAAUAUAAAAGGCGUUUUCACACGAUGUAUCUGGCCAAAAGUGAGAGUGUCUUUAAUGAGAGUGGUGUGUAUUCAGUUAUGCUAAGUCAUAUAUCUGUUACUACUAGCGCGAAAGACCAAUCUGGCGCUUACAAAAUAGUAAAAUCAAAGAAGAUAUCGUAUCGAGGCGUGUUAGAUAUCACGGACAACUCUGGCACCGGCCCACGCAUACGGAUAGUUGCGCUGGUACCAGUUGACAAAGCUCUUCCUGCCCGCCACACGCGGAUGCGUGGCCCACGACCCACCCAGGACGACAUUAUGCUUGCCGUCAAAGAAGUCAGCCGUGUACGCAGGAUACAGCGCCAUGGGCUCAAAGCCCUCGUGGCGCUCGAGCGCAGACGACGUCCACUCCCAGACGCCGCCCAUGCCGGCCUGCCCUGCCAGAGAGCCCCCGAGCGCAGUCACGGGCUGCGGGUGCCAGUGCGAGAAGCCCGUGUUGGUUCCGGACAAGUCGACGUACAGCGAAGUGCUGGUACCGCCGACUUGGGCCUUAGCAGGGUGUUGUGGUGGUGUUUCCUCGACGCCGUCGUUGACGAGGUGGCUAUAGAAGAAGGCAAUAUGUUAGUCAAGACCCGGAGAAACAAGAAUCAGAUGGGGGAAUCUUACGAAUUCACAGCAGGGACACGGUUGGAUAGCUUGCUGCGGUUGAACUUUUCUUUUUGCAGCUCCGAGUACCGGUAAAUACUGCGUGCUUCUUCCAGUGUAGGGAUACGGCCGCCGUUGUACGCAGCGCAGCCAGUGAGCUCGUCGUAGGAUGCAAAGACAGGCCAGUCAAGGGCAUAUUUCAGCGGGAUGAGGCCAUAGACUGUGCGCACUGCCUUGCCGCCAAUAAAUGCCUUGAGGGGCGUCUGGGGCGAUGGGUGACCGUUGGACAAGCUGCUUGGUGCGGCGGCCGACUCGAGAGUCGACCAGGAUGCGGGAAGCUUGUCGAUGCUAGAGGCGACAAGGUACUCGGCGUAGUCCUGGUUGGUCAUGGCGCGGCCUUGAGCUUGGAAGGCGGGAACUGUGGUUUGUCUGGCGGGCUUUUCGUUGUCCCUAGGAUUGUGUGUCAGUAGAAGAUCGUAUAAAAAGAAGAAAGGACGUACCAGCCAAAGGGGCCUGUGAGGGUGAGGUCGUUCUCAUCGUCGUCCAUGCCAAUGGUAAUGGUCUGCUCAGGGACAUGGAACCAUUCGUUUUCAACACGCAGCUUCUUUGCUCGCUCGGCCAGCGCGGCGAAAUCGGGAACGGGUCGGUGCGAGGGAGGGGAGAUCCUGUCGCUCUGGAGCAUCAUGUACAGCAGCGUCUCGAGGUGCAUAACCUCGUGCUCAAAGCCGACCCAGAUGCCGCGACCAAUGUCCCGCGCAAUGUUGUCCUGACCACCCUCGUAGAGACUGACGAGUCGCUGGCGGACGCGGUUCUGGUAUUCCAGAAUCUCCGUCACAGGAGGCCAGUCAUCAGGGAUGAUGGAAUGAGCAUGGCAGUGCUCAGGGUUGUCGACGUCUGGGUCGAUACCGCGCUCAAAGAUUUGGUAGUAGCUUGCGGGCUCGGUAGGUGGAAGCUUGGUCACCUUGUGGAUCUGAAUAUCGAGAAAGGUAGGGAUGUGGCCGAGAUAGAAGAUGCAGGCGUUGCGAAGCUUGAUGGGCUUCUCUUCGAGCUCGGCAUCAGGAAGCAUACGGCGUGUUACAAUAUCCCAGACCUCCCACAAAGCCUCCCAGUCGGCAAUUGUUGGCAGGGAUUCAGGUGCAUACUGAGCGGGCAGCUUGCGGAAAGGAAGAUUGGUGCGCUGGAGCAUGUGCAGACCAUAGUCGUUUGUCUUGCGCCAGACUUGACGUUCCACGAGGCCGGCUCGCUCCCACAGCUGCUUGGCACCGAGGGCGGAAUACUUGAGGCUCUGCUCAAUCUUGAUGCGUUCGUCGGACUGGACCGUAUAAUCCAGGACUUGGGUCUCCUCGGUAGGCGAGAGGAAGGCUUGGUGUCUGCCGCCCUCGGCGUCGUAGACGUAUUCUCCUAUCACCUCCCAGUCGUCAACAUGGAAAGCGGGCUCCCCGAGCACGUCGUUAGCGUGCGUUAGGCCAUUUUUAAUAAACUGGUGUGUGAUUCCGUGCUUGUCGUUGUACGCAUGGUACACCUUGUCUGGGUUCAUGGAGGAAUCCAGUCCCACUAGCACAGUAUCCGUCGUCUUUAAAACAGUGGCAAAGCCUUCGAGGAAUUCACCGGCUUCCAUUCUGCCAAAGUUGCCUGUGUUUUUGUUAACCAAACUCUCGCGCCAAAUCACACAGAAGAACCCUUCAACGUACCGAUGCUAGAUCCAAGAUGGAUGAGGCAGAUGUGCCUGUCACUGCCCGCCUGUUCCGCAAGCCACUCCUUUCCAUCAUCAUAUGUGCCUAGAAGACCAUGGCACUUGACAUAUUGAAAAGCAGGGACUUGUGACAGGGUUCGCUCGAGCUCCUUUUGGGACAAGUCGAGGGCGUAGUAGUCGACAUGUUUGGCUUGUCGUUCAAAGGCGUCGAGGAGAAGACAUACUUUGCGGAGGUUUCUGCAAGUCAAGGUUAACUCCAAGAUCAUGGAUGGCGAUUGGGUUCCGAAUCGCAACGGGUGGGAGAAGAGUGAGGCUCGGCAAGCAAACGAGAAACAAGCAAAACAAGAAGCGCUUAGCACGGUACACACCCACUACCGAGCUCUACGAUAAGAGAGCCAGCUGGAACUUUAGCGGCGAUUUGAUCCGAGUACUCAGUCAAGAGCUCAAUCUCGGCGUUCGUCAAGUAAUAUUCGUCGAGAUAGGUGAUCUAUAAGCUUGUGAGCAAAACCCGGCACAAUCAGCGCAUUCUGAGACAGGAAUGGGCAGUACCUCUUCAAAGAGCUGGAGGCCCUUUUCAUCGUAAAGUAGCAUAGUGGGCAGGCUUCUCUGUGCCUGAGACGGGUUCAUCAUGGAAAUGAUAUCACCCUUCAUGUCAAAGUCGACCUGGCCAUUGCGGAUAUCGACAAUGUCCACGGGCAGCUUGCGAGGGUCCGAAGCGGGCGGCGCAGUGGCAGUGGCAGUGACCAUUGCGGGAGCCAUUAUUGCAAGCAGGUCGAUGGAUUCGGUUGCGAAGUAAGAAAAAAAGAAGAAAAACAGUGCGAUUGUUUGAAGAUGAAUGGGUUUGUUUGUGAGCUGAGGUUGAUGAUGGUGACGGAAAGUUUGGAGAAAGGUACGCGCAAACCACUUAUAGGUGGCAGCGGGGAGGAGAGAGGUGCGAUAGUGGACGGCUAGCGGAUUGGGGCGUGCGGUAGCGUCCACUAUAAAGACAAUGCAACCGCAAAACCAGAGGCUUUCUCUUUCCUUCUUCUUUUCAAGAAAAUAAAGAUGAGGG